AAAUUAUUUGCGGGUGUAGGUUUAUUUGGUACUGCUUGACAAUCAUAUGAACAAAUCUGGUAAUCUGAAACUUAUUUUCUGUAUUUAAACUUGAAUGUUUCACUGAAGACACAGACAACACUGAAGGUUGAAGGCGACCACUUCUAUUUACUCGAUAGAGGAAAUUUUCAUCAAGCUUUGAUUCGAUUUUACAGCUCCAAACCUCAUUAUUGAAAAGCCACUGAAUUUUUCAUACGGAGGAUAUUUACUGAGGAUAAUUCGCACACAGAGGCUAACCUUUCAAUGGCUAUUUGGGGAUCUGUUUCAUUUCAAGCUCAGUUCAGCCACGAAUUAAUUCAUUAGAUAUUGUAUGAUCCAUAGAACAGUGAGACCCGAGUCAUUGAAGGUGAUCUUUAUUCUUAUAUAAUUGUUGGACUGUUCUUAUUGCGAGUUAUUACUCGGCUGCAUGCAUGUGCUCGUUCAAACUGGAAGGAAUCGAAUGUGAAAAAAACGGAAAUACUGAAAAUUGUGACGUGCAGGAAUGUAGAAUCGGAUUGAUAGUUUAGUUGCGGCAGAGUUUGACAAGCAAUUAGGAAUGGAUACAUAAUUAAUCAAAACAAAGUGUCAAUUUAAAUCCAAGAGAGUUUUAAAAAUUAAUGAUACAAAGGUGUUAUUUGAAAUCCAGGAGAGUUUAAUUAAUUAGUUACGGCUAAAAGUGAUUUGAAAUCCCGGAGAAGAUUACAGAAAAUCUCAAGGCCAUAUCGCCGUUAUGCUGGACGAUCUGAGACGCGCUCUGCGCAUGGAGUCUCCCACUCCGCGCCUGAACGAAUCCAACUUGAAGAAAUUGUCCCGAGGCUUCAGGUCGUCUAAGAAGAGUCGUCUCUCUGCCGCCUCGGACGUUGAGUCCUGCAGCGUACAGGACGGCGUCCUGCCUGGGCGCUCAGUGUCGCUGUCCACCCUCCUGCCCUCCGGACCAUCAACAGGCAACCGCAGGCCCCGCGUGGACAAGCUCCAGACCGUCGAGGCGAAGAUGGCGAGCAUCGAGGUCUCGCUGGGGUCUCGUAAGCGGCGCGAGGUGUUGCUGGAGACGCUGCCUCGCGCGGCGCGGGAGCUGGUGCGCGAGCUGGACGUCAUGCAGCAAGCGCUGCACGACAAAGACAGCGCCAUCCAGGCCCUGAAGUGCCAAGUCACAGCUCUCGGUGGCAACGCAAACUUCGACCCUGCAGACGUCCGGAUUGCUGAUUCUUCGUCCGUAGUCCAGUUGGCACCAACGCUUCCGACUUUAUUGUCAGCCUCAGAACGAAAGCGAAUCGAAGAAAGAAUAUCGUCGAUCACGAAGGAAAUUGACUCGAAGCGAAUAGCAGUGAAGAAUCUCAAGUUGACUCUUGACAACCUGGAUACAACAGAGAACAUUGACGUUAGGAUCCGAGCCGCUGAAGUCGAGUACGAACUGGAGCGCGAGGAACUCAAUAUUUUGAACUUGAGAGAAGAGUCCACAAUUCUCGAGGCCCGACUUAAGGAACCAUCAAAAUAUUUGCCACCGCCGAACGUCAACUCAACUUUGAGAGCCGAAGAGUCGUGCAGUUCGUUGAACUCGUCACAAAUGUCCAGGUCGUCAUUCACAAGUGUUCCUCAUUCACCCCAGAGUACGCGACAUGUUGCCUGCGCCCUACACAAGACGCUAAACCAAGGCGCCGUUACGUCAUUAAAAGAUCUCCUGCAAGAUCCUGAGAUUCAAGGGCCAGUGAUCCCAACGCUCGUGUCGGUACGGGUGCUAUAUAACCCCUCGAACCCCUCUUUUAGGAUCAGCUGGCGCACACACUCCCCAGGAUGUAUAGUGAACUGGGCCACCGAUGAAACGCGACUCAAGCGGGGCGACAGGUUGCUGGAGGUGAACGGUCACAUGGUGCUGGGUGCCUCCAUGCAGGCUGUGCUGCAGCUCAUCGCUGCUCACGCCUUCAUGGACAUCGUCGUGCUCAGAAUUUUGGCAGCAAGCUCAGUGUCGCCCUCAAGUGGACCAGACAUUCAAUGCUCAAGUUCUCAACGACGAGCUGAGAGGCAAGUUGAGGACCGCUCCAGGGAACUCAGAGAGCUGCAAAUGAAGCUCGACCGAGCACUCAAGGAGAAGGAGACCGCCAAAAACGACGCAACGCGUCUCACGCACCGCAUCUCGUACCUCGAGGACCAAGUGGCAGAGUUCGAGGCCGCCGCUCAGCAUAAGAGCGAGGGCUCGCAGAGUUAUACUUCUCCGUCCUCGGUUUCAUCCUCGCCCGCGUUAUGUUUUUCGGGAGCCACGGUCAUCCAGGUGCACCAGCGAGGUCAGCAUCCUUUGGUUGCAACAAAUUCAAACUCAGAAAUUUCCUCUUCGGACGAUCUUUGCACCGAUCAUCCGUCGAUGUCACCAAAUGAUCUCUCUCGACCGAAUGUAAGUUUCCCAGGAUCAUCUCCACGACGCACCUCAUCCUCUUCAUCCAGCAAAUCCAGCACCCACAAUCCUUCGUGUGAUUCAUCUUCUUCUGGAUAUUCGUCCUAUCCAUCGCUAAGAACUAGCGCGGGUCUGGAAGUCAAACCUGCAAGUUCUGGGAAACAUUCGGAUGAGGUGGAAGAACGAGACCUGACACGACCAGCCUCCAAUACAGAACCCAGGAAGUCCAGAAGAGUGACAUCACCGAGACCUGAUUCACAAAUCACGACGGACAUGCACCCAGCGUCUCGAACCAAACCUGUGCCUCCUAAAAAGCCGGAACGUCUGAGCCUGCACAGAGCUACGAGUUUGCUGAGUGUGGAUCAGGUCAUUGCGAGCAGCUCGCGGUCUUUGAAACGUCGAGGUAAUGAAGAACGGAUGCGCUCUGCCAGUGCAUGGAAGUCUAUAGGGGAUGGUCUGAACGGAGACUACGUGGAAACUGACUGUGAAGUGUCAUCUCAAGUUUCUGGUAGAGUAAGUGUUUCAAGUUACAGAUCCGACGUGAUACACAAGAGAAGAUCUAGAACACACAGAGAAUAUGAAGUGAUUAGGACAAGCUCAACAAUUAAAGGUGACUCAUCAUACCGAAGACGUCAAUCUGAAAAUUUCAAGUCAUGCAUAAUCCCAGAAAACUCGAGCUCACGAAGGGAAAUAAUCUCAGAUAUUUCCAGGCCACGGGGCAAGGACGAAAAAUAUCCUCAUUUGAGAGAUAUCUGGUCUUCUGCUGCCAAGACCGAUUUUUUCAAACCAAGUUCUGACUCUGGCCCACACAAAAAUAAUUCUUUAACUCAAACUCAAUCCUCGGAUGGGAGUUCAUGCAACACAAGUAGAAAAUCGUACGACCCUGAAAUCGAUGAUAAUUUCAACGAAACGGUGUUUAGCGGCUCUUUUAUUGACGACCGAAGUCAAUCAGUAACCCCGACCAACUCCCCUACAAAAUUUUGUGCAUUAAAAAUUGAAAAACAGUGCAAUGGUGAAUUGCAACAAUGCAAAGCUAUAUCUGAGGAUUCUAAUCGCUUCGCACAGCAUUUAAAACAGACGCAACCUUUGCUUCCAUCUAUGUUAUACAAGCUAGAGGAAAAUGUUUCUCCAGUAAUAAAUCCGAAAUCUCAAACAUUAUCCUCCAUUCACAACCAGAGAAACCUCACCCGAGAUACCAACAACCGGUUAAAAAUAUCCCCAAAUGAUGGUCGGGACGGACGAGAGCUAAGGCCUCACAAACAAAGAAGUUCGACGUCGCUGAACCCUAUCAAAGCGAAAGAGAAUUACCCUGGUGACUGCUAUUCUUCAUAUGUUUUUGAUAAUUAUUCAUCACAUCAUGACUUAUUUUCAUCGUUGAAAAGACACACUGCUCGGAGUAACAAGGCUUCAUCAGACCAUGCCCCCGCCACGCCACUCACACCUCGCCAUAGUUCUGUUAUGAAGCUAGCGGGCGCUGCCAACGAUCCGGGCGACUGGUGCUGAGAGGCAGUGAUGCUUCAUCUUGGUUACAUAGCAUAAUACUAUAAUAGAUAACAAGCUUUAACUUCAUAUAUGUUUGGAUGUUUGUAUUAAUAAUAAUACUUCAUUAUUGUCACAAUCUAACUGAAAAUUAUGAUUUGGCUUGAUCAUCUAUGUCCUAUGACGUACGAGGCCGGAAACGCACAUUCAAAUUCCGUCAUUUAUAAGCACAGAAGAGGUUACUCUGGCAACUUAACUUAUAAUAAUAAUAAUAAUAAUAAUAGCGGUUU